ACAGCGUUACCAGACACUCAGAUCUGUAAAUCAGGAUGUCAAAACGGCUGAAGCAACUCAUUCUGGCUGAGAUAUCUUUCAGCAAUAGCAUCUCAGACUCCGAUCUCUAUUCUUUGUCACAUCUCUUGGGACUGAUUUGCGUCAAUAUAUCGUAAAAUUUGAUAAACAGCAUGGCCACUUCAAGCUUAGCACUAAGAUUUUUCUUUCUCCAUAUGAUAUACGGAGGAAUCGUCAACGGUUGUGUGAUCACAAUCGGUAACAACUGCAACGAUAGCGUCACAGCAUGUUCUCAAAGCGGACAACAAGACAUUAUUCAAUUCAAUCUGAGCGCGGGAACCUCACAAUUUAUCGAUCUGGGCACGGUUUGUAGCUGGCCAUCUGCUGUUGUGUAUGCCUCCGUCACGGGACAGUGUGCAGUUACAGGGACUCCUAACGCGGCCACGGAUAGAAACUUAGCCAACUUAGCUGAGUUCACAAUCCCUGGCACUAGCAAUCAAGACUUUUACGACCUGAGCAACGUUAAUGCUUAUACCAUACCCAUGUCUAUCCGUGCACCCACAGGCUGUCCUUCCAUAAACUGUUCCAUCAGCGACAUCAGAUCUUUCUGUCAGCCCAACAACGUUCUACACACUGAAGUCAAUGGUGCCCUCUCUUGCGUCAACACCGAUGGAACUGCCGGACUGGGACCUACAAAUGGCACAAUGCAGUUCAAAACUGCAUGUCCUGAAGCUUACAGCUACAACUUUGAUGAUGCAAACUCUACCUUCACAUGUCCAACAGGCUCCGACUAUGAAGUCGUCUUUUGUCCCUGACACUUGUUGAGCUUUGCACUCUACUGUUUUGAAAUCUGUACAUUUGUGUGAAAAGGUGAGAUUGAAUACCAUAUUUGUUCUUGCAUAUAUGAGGGCAGGUGAGUUUUCUUAAGUGUAGUGGUCAGAGAGACUGGAAUAAAUUUUUGCAGAAGUAUUUUCAACGAUUAUACAACCUGUCGGACGUGAUUUCUAUCCAUCGAGUGUGCACAACUGAUGUCAUGGCCGGUGAUGAUUAAGAUCACGAUGCAGAGUGUGAUCUUGGUAUCUUCAUAGCGUGAGGACGAGGUGAGCGUCUGUUACAGACAGUUUAUUUCAGGUCAUCUGAAAACAAUUGCAUUGGCUAGUAUGGGCUGGAUUUGACAUCUGUAUCCUUGUACCGAAUUGACUCCCACUUGAGAAUCUAGGACCUACGCCAAUUCCGAAUUCACUCGAGGUUUUAUGCUUCCUUAAUUACU